AUGCGGAGCUUGCAACUCAAGAAGGGAGCCCUCAAGUGGCUCCUCUCAAUCGGCAGGAGGGAGAGGAGAGGCGGGGACGGCGACGGGAGCUCCCCGACGGCGGAAUCGGACGGCGUCGAGCAGCCCACCUGGCGGUGCUUCCCCUACGACGAGAUCUUCCACGCCACGGAGGGAUUCCAUCCAGGUACUCUCCUUAUCCGCGAAAUUGUUCUCUCUCUCCCUAUCUCUCUCUCUCCUGUGACUAUGAUGGAACGUCUGAUUCCGGCAGGAAACCUGGUGGGGAGGGGAGGGUACGCGGAGGUGUACAAGGGGGUCCUCCGAGAUGGGCGGAGGGUCGCGGUGAAGAGGCUGGCCCAGGUCUCCACGGAGGAGAGGAGAGAGAAGGAGUUCUUGACAGAGCUCGGGACGGUCGGCCAUGUCCGCCACCCCAACGUCUCAUCUCUCCUCGGCUGCUGCGUCGACCGCGACCUUUACCUCGUCUUCGAGCUCUCCCCCAUUGGCUCCCUCUCCUCUCUCCUCCACGGUAUGACCAGAAAACCUCUCUCUCUCUCUCUCUCGUUCUGAGCUUCUCCGAUGAUAAUUCUGAUGGGGAUUCUGUGAAGACGAGGAGUUGCCGCCGGUGGACUGGAAGCUUCGGCAGAGAAUCGCCGUGGGGACGGCCAAGGGGCUUCGCUAUCUCCAUAAGGGCUGCCGGAGAAGGAUCAUCCACAGGGACGUGAAGGCGUCCAACAUUCUCCUGACCGCCGACUACGAACCUCAGGUAAGGCGGAAGAUCGCCGGAUAAUCUCCGGCGAACGGUGGCUUCCUCCCCCAGAUUCCGGCACCUGAAUCUCGAGCUCCUCUUUUCCCGUCAACAGAUCUCCGACUUCGGGCUGGCGAGAUGGCUACCGUCGGAGUGGACCCACCGCGCCGUCGCCCCCAUCGAGGGGACCUUCGGGUUCGUCCUCUUCUCCGCCGCCGCCAAGCUUCUUCUUCUUCUUCUUCUCUCUGCAGCCCCAUUCACCUCGGAAUCUCGCAGGUACCUCGCGCCGGAGUACUUCAUGCAUGGCAUGGUGGACGAGAAGACGGACGUCUUUGCCUUCGGCGUCCUCCUCCUGGAGAUCAUCUCCGGGAGGAAGCCCGUCGACGGGUUCCACCAUAGCUUGCUCAAUUGGGUAAACCUUAUGCUUUUCCCAUCAGGGUUUGCUUCCCCUGUGAGUUCCUGUAACAGAGUUGACCAGCCGCCACUGCAGGCCCGACCCCAUCUACACAGCGGCGCCAUGAAGGAGCUGGUGGAUCCGGAGCUGGGAGACGACUACGACGGUGACCAGCUCGAGAGGAUGGUCUUCGCCGCCUCGCUCUGCACCAGAGCGGCGGCAGCUUGGCGGCCUUCCAUGGACGAGGUACUUACUUUUCCCCAUCAUCCCCAUCCUCCAUCGCGCAUUUUCCCAAAAAAAAAAGUCAACCAGAUUUCACAGUCAACGAAAGAAAUCUCCUUCCCUUGCCCUGAAGAUCUCCCCAAUUAUCGUCUAAACUUGAGAAUAUAGGAAAUAUUAAAUAUAUCGAAAAUGACAUUUUACCGAGUAUAAAACGUGGUUGAAUUCUAGGUGGUGGAAAUGCUGGAGGGCGGGGAGAUCUCUCGGGAAAUGUGGAACAAGGCGUUGGAAGAGGGAGAGGAGCCGUUUUGGGACUUGGACGACCUGGACGACCUGGACGAUAUGGACGAGUUCGACUCGUCCCUCUCCUCCCCGUCCUCACAGACCAACUCCUGA